CGUUGACGUUGCGGACUGAAAAAUGGCGGAGGAUUCUAACCUACCAAAUUCAGAAAAUUUGAACACAAAAAAUGGAAAUUUCAUCUGUGGAGUGGUCGAGGGCUUUUAUGGCCGACCAUGGACCACCGAACAGCGCAAAGACCUUUUCCAAAAGAUGAAAAAAUGGGGCAUGGACUCGUACGUCUACGCCCCAAAAGAUGACUACAAACACAGAGCUUAUUGGAGGGAAUUGUACACAGUUGAAGAAGCUGAACAUUUAACAGGGCUUAUUCAAGCUGCCAAAGACCAAAAUAUCACAUUUUAUUACGCUUUAUCUCCAGGACUUGACAUCACAUAUAGUAGCACUAAGGAAAUUACCGCUUUGAAACGAAAACUGGAACAAGUGUCACAGUUUGGGUGUACAGCAUUUGCACUAUUGUUCGAUGAUAUCGAACCUGAAAUGUCUGAAGCUGAUAAGGAGGUUUUCCAAUCGUUUGCACAGGCUCAAGUGUCUGUGACCAACGAUAUUUAUCAGCAUUUAGGGCAGCCAAGGUUUUUGGUGUGCCCUACACAAUAUUGUAGUACAAGGGCUGUGCCCAACGUGACAAAUUCAGAAUAUCUAAACACUUUAGGGUCAAAAUUAGCCCAGGAAAUUGAUAUAAUGUGGACAGGUCAAAAAGUCAUAUCAAGACUCUUAACAAAGGAAAAUAUUCAAGAAAUCACAGACGCCCUGCGAAGGCCGCCUGUGAUUUGGGACAACUUACACGCUAACGACUACGACCAAAAAAGGGUAUUUUUGGGGCCCUAUUCAGGUCGAUCGCCUGACUUAAUCCCCAAACUGAGAGGGGUCCUAACGAACCCUAAUUGCGAAUAUGGUGCCAAUUUUGUCGCUAUUCAUACGCUUGCGCAAUGGUCGCGAUGUAACCUGGACGGACAGAGGGAUCUCACUUUAAAUGACACGGUAUCUGCUGAUAUUAAACUAGAGACUGAAACAGAGGAUGGUUUAGGGGAAGACGUUCCGGUUUCCCUUUCCCCGAAUAUGUACCAUCCUCGACAAGCCCUUCGGAACGCCAUCAACGAGUGGUUGCCUGAAUUUUCCAAACACAAGUCGGCGUGGGGACCCAUCGUGAAACCGCAGCCUGCUGUCGCGGUUAUUCCUGUCCCGAUCAUCCCAUCCAUCAACACUUGCAUGACACUGACAUCAACCACGACGACGACGACUGGGAGCAAUUCUCAAGCGGUAGUCAACCCAACACAAUUACAAGCUUUAGCUGAAGUGUGUAGUAGCGUCGCAGUCGCUGAUAGUUUAGUAAAUCCAGUACCUGGCCCUGUUAUGAAUUCUCUCGUUUCCGAUACUAAAGUAGUGUGUAAUGACUCUAUUCCGAAUCCUAUAGCUCCCGUUCCUAUUCCUAUUCCCGUAUCGGACGCGGAGGUGAAAAGCAUCACAGUUUUAAGCGGAACACACAUCAAACCAGACAAAGACAAAAAUAAAGUUGUGGUGAAUGGUGAUAAGGCUGAUGAGUGUAAAGAAGGCGCGAAGGAAGAGACCUGCAUGAACACCGACACGAGCACGGAUUUAAGUAACGAGUCGAGUUUAAGUCCGUCUGAACCCAUGGACUGUAACAGCACUCCUAACAUAUCUCCGGCGCAUAUAAAAGGAACGGUGGAAAAUUCCAGCGAGGACGUGGCCAUGAGCGAAAAUUCGACUCCUAGCGGUAGCAUGCAGGUCGAAACAAAUGACGGUGCCAACCAAAUGGUGGUGGAAAACCCACCCGAGAACGACAUCGAGCCUGAAAGGAAAGAGAACGAGUUGACGUUCGAGGACUUGGCGCUUUUGUGCGAUUUGUUUUACCUGCCGUUCGAACACGGCGGCCAAGGUUUGCAGUUGUUGCAGGAGUUCAAUUGGUUGAAAUCGAACGCGCAUAUAGUGAUGGCCGCCAAUCAGAAGAAAGAUCCGUUGAAGGCGGAUGUGCAAGAGUGGUUCACGCGUGCCGAAAAAAUGAACGAGAUGACCCAAGCCGUGAAUCGGUUGUUCCAACACUUAUCGAGUUGUAAUAACAGAGAAAUUUUGUACGACUUGUAUUCAUACCUUUGGGAUAUCAGAGGUGUUAUUUCUUUGCUCAAUUCUUAUGUGAAGUGGUUGGCUGGCGGCCAGUUUCCUGCUUCUAUGCCAUCAUACACCCAGGGGACCUAUACAUGGUUUUCGAAAGGGUGGAAGGAGACGUUCAUGAGCGGCGAACAAGAGCCGUGGGUGUUCCGCGGAGGGCUCACCGCAGACCUGCAGAGAUUGAUCCCUGUGGAUUCCGGGAAUGACCUGUUCGUCUACAAAGUCCCCGAUGUACCCACGUGUAGGGUGUACACGGUGAGACCGUACUUACCCGAGGACGAACAAAUGGUCUACAAUGUGUGCAGCAGGACGUGUAAAGAUGGGCUAGAAGACCCGCAUCCGUAUCCAGAGGAAUUGAAGAAUUUGCAGUCUGAUAGGAUCGUGGGAGCGUAUUUGACGCUCCAUCCGGAGUUCUGCUUCGUGGUGGAGGACGACGCGGGAAUCGUGGGGUUUGCGUGCGCGUCUCCGGAUUAUAAGAAGUUCAGAGUGAAGAUGGAACUGGCGUGGGUUCCGGAAAUGUGCGAGAAAUACCCAUUAUCACUCAAGAACGAUAAAGACUUGUCGAAGUUCGCUCAGGACACCAUAUCACAUUUUCAUGGGUUCAAAGACGAGAUUUAUGUAUCCAGUCCGACGCACCCUUCUAGUAUGAUCUGUAGUAUUCUUCCAUCAGUCCUCGACCAAUCAGUGAGCAAAAGAUUGGUCACGUGUCUCCUAGCGGCGUUGCGGGCCAAUGGUUCGUUCGGUGUUCACGUGGUCAUGAACUCGACAGACAGUUAUACGCAUGCGUUCUAUGGUAAAUUAGGAUUCGUAGAAAAUACCCACGAAGCGAUUAAGGGCAAAAUAGUGAUGGGUCGUACUUUUUAAAAAUGCACAACUGUAUUAUAAAAUUAACACUUGACUGAUUCUAAUGAUAUAAUUUGUUACAAGAAUUUUGAUAGAUCUUCAUAAUAAAAAUUAACUAUCUUUGUGAUUUUGUACUAUAAUUAAUUCUUAUAUGUUUAUUUGAAGCUAAAUAUUGUAAUUACGUAUUUAACUGUGUAUAAGGAUGUAGUGUAUAAAUAUUAAGAUAUAAAUAAAUUUGAACAGUUUAUUGUAACAGUAAGUUA